UACAUCGCUGCAUGUUAUCUUUGUUUAGUUCCCGUUCAAAGGAUGUUUUGUGUUCCCGCGGUAGGUGUGGGGGCAUUUGGAGCGAAAGACUGCCACCUGCAUCCUUUGUUUAUUGUUACAAGUUGCUAUGCGUUACAAGUCAGUGCUGUAUCACAAAGAGAGGGAAACAAUAAUGUGAAGUUCUUAGUGUGACGCCUUUUUGUCUUCCUAAUACUAUAAUAUAAUAUUAUCAACUAGCAGCAAAUCAAUAAAUUUAUUAUGUAAAUACCCUCUAAUUGGAUUAGAUUUGCUCAACCGGAAGUGUUAUCUAAAGGUAAACGCCGAAAAGAAUAGUAAUUGUUAAAAUUCCUUUACACCUGACGAGAUUUGGACAAAAUCGGUGCAAACAGACGCUGAUCUUUAAAAAACACUUUCGUUGCUGUUGGAAGGUAAUGAGAUAUGGCUCGUGAUGACAUAGAUGAUGUAGAUGCUAAAUACGGCAAGAAGUUAUCUCACGAACGCAAUUAUAAACCUCCAUUAUGGCGUAAACGAUCCUGUACCGAUGUGCCAUGCUUCUUGUUGUUUUUGGUCUUUCUGGGAGCUUGGAUUUUCAUUGCACAAUAUGCACUGCGCAACGGCGACUUGAAUAAAUUGGUCGUUCCCACCGACUCCUUUAACAAAAAAUGUGGCAUAGACUCUGGUGUGCUCGACAAGAAGUAUUUAUUCUUUUUCAAUUUGGACAAAUGUUUGGAUCCCCUAGUUCCCAUCACCGGAUGUCCCACUCCACAGAUAUGCGUACAACAAUGUCCCAAAGAGACUUUUAUAUGGGAUGUGAUGAAAACCCAGAAUUUGCCAGUUUCCGAGUUAAAAUCGCGCAUGAUAUGCAUUACAGAGGCUGAGAAGAAUGCUCUGCAGACCAUUGAUGAUAUGCAGAGGGCAAUCAAUGAGGAACGCUGCGCCAGGUGGUACAUAAAAAGUGCACCUUUCCUAAAUCGUUGCAUUUGGGAAUUUUCGGCCAAGACCUGCGAAUAUAUACCAUCCUUCCUAUUGCAACGUUCACAAAGGGAUCUCACAAAUGCCAAAGCCUUAACAACCGCUCAUAUUGAUGUUCGCAAUGAGGAACAAUUGCAAGCAUUAGCUCUUACCAUGUUCCCCGAAGCUCAGGCUUUGGUUUCGAAAAAUAAUGUUGACUCAAAGUUAGCAGCAGUUAACGAAGAACCAAAUACCCAAUGUAGUCGUCGUGAGACGGUUAUCAAGGAAAAGAUGCUUCAAACCGAUACUAGACUCUCCAAAUUCAUUGGGAACAUUGUGGUGCAUUUUACUAAUGGCACCCAUGAGGCCCAGCGUGUGGGCGACUAUGUGGUAGAGGAUAUCGUCAACUCAUAUGUAGUGAUUUUGACCGCUAUUCUGUGCACAUUGGUGGCCACUUUCAUUUUCAUUGCUCUUAUGCGUUGGUUAGCUGCUCCGUUUUUGUGGACAUCGAUUUUUGGAGUAAUUGUCGGCUUGGCGGUUGGCAUAUAUUUUACCAUCAAACAAUAUACAUUUUAUCAUCGAGAAGCCACAGUACCCCAACACGGGCUCAACUUGAAUUCUGCAGUUAAAAAUAUCUUGCAAGAUGAACGUCUUUGGCUUUACUUAAGCAUUUUCCUUUCAAUAUUUUUGGUAAUUCUUCUAUUGUUGUUGAUAGUGUUACGUAAUCGCAUCAACAUAGCUGUAGCACUUAUCAAAGAAGGCAGUAAAGCGGUAUCUAGCGUCAAAUCAACGGUCUUCUUUCCCAUUUUCAUAUGGAUUCUUUUCAUAGCGGCCAUAGUGUACGCGAUCGGUGUUGGUCUUUAUUUGGGAUCCAUUGGUAAAAACUCGUUUAGAAUGAUAAGACUAUUGGAUCCAAAUAGUCUAACAGGUGUGACCCAAGAAAAUUGCAAGUGCGAUGGACCCGCAAUUAAUUACACUGUGGGAGCGAGUUGCGAUCCAACUACUUUCGAACAAAAUUGCUACAUUGCGGAUACAUCGCUAAGUGGUUUAUUUAGGCAGUCACAACGUGCACCAUGCAUGAAGACAAUGUGCAGUUUUGUCAAAGUUGAACACACCACCAUGGUCAAUUGGUUUAUUGCCUACAAUGUCUUUGGCUUCCUUUGGCUGACAUUUUUCAUCGAUGGUUUCAGUGACAUGGUGUUGGCCUGUACAUUUGCCACCUGGUAUUGGACAUUCAAGAAGAAGGAUGUGCCAUUCUUCACUCUGACAAAAUCUAUUUUCCAAACGACAUUCUAUCACUUGGGUACAUUGGCAUUUGGCUCAUUAAUAUUGGCCAUAUGCCGAAUGAUACGGCUAAUCCUGGAGUACAUUGAUAGGAAAAUAAAAAAAUACGACAAUGCCUUGACACGAGCCAUUCUGUGUUGCAUGAAAUGUUUCUUUUGGCUUUUGGAAUCAUUUCUAAGGUUUCUGAGCAAAAAUGCCUACAUAAUGUGUGCCAUUCAUGGCAAAAACUUUUGUUCCUCUGCCAAGGAUGCUUUCAAUCUAACCAUGCGAAACUGUCUCAGAGUUAUGACGCUGGACAAGGUGACCGACUUUCUUUUCUUCAUGUCAAAACUUUUGAUCACGGGAUGCGCCGGCGUUGCUACUUAUUUCUUUUUGGUAAAUAAUCCAUCCAUUGUGCAGUUACACUACAACGCAGUUCCCACAGCCAUUGUCAGUAUUUUAUCCUUCCUUAUAACAACUGUAUUCUUCGGCGUCUACUCCAUGGCGGUGGAUACACUUUUCUUAUGCUUCCUUGAAGAUAUUGAGCGCAACGACGGCUCUGACGAAAAGCCCUACUACAUGUCCAAGCAGCUUAUGAAAAUUUUAGGCAAACGCAAUAAGACGUCCAAAAGGACCCCAUAAGAAUAAACAUUUUCAAUUAUAAGUAACGUAACACAAUGUACCCAGAGAUGUGUUUCUCAUAGAGUUAUAGAAUAUGGUGCUGAUAUGCGAUGUUUAUACCCUAUAAGGAGUAGUAAACAUACAUACAUUUGUACGUGCAGGGGAAAUCAUUUUGUCGAAUAGAGAUCCUUCCAAAAACUAGAUGCGGUAUAAACCAAACCAAAAGACAUACACCGACUGUGUUUAUAAACCCAAAAAGUUGCAAUAAAAGUACAUCUAAAUAUUUAAGGAUUUUGGUUGUGUUAAAAUAUGAACAUUCCACAUUAAAACGAGCACGAGAGGACAAACAAAAAUUUUCGUAUAAACUGUUUUUUAUUCAGCAAAAGGUUGUCGCUUCCUUAUGUGUUGUGUAAAUGUAUUCAAUAGCAAGCGCAUGUCGGCUUAGUACACUAGCGCCAACCUGAACUGAAACCAGACGGCCAACUUAUAAAAUACCAAAUUUUAAUGUGUUUUAGUUUCAAUUCAAAUGCCAUCCCUGUGAAAUUUACAUUUUUUCAACGGUACGAAAACUGCGACAGCUCAAAAACAAAAACUUAAAACUUUUCACUUUAAAACACUUCUAUAGUUUUUGUGUCCAUUUCAAAAAUAUGUUUAUCCAAAGCUGUGAGAUUUUUCGUGGAAUACACCUACAAAACGAACCAAUCUAUUUAUUAAACAUUAAUUUAUGUAUUUAGUAUAUACGUAACUUAAAAAUACAA